CUGGAAGAAAGCUUCGAACAUGCGGAGAAUAAUAUUCCUGUCGAUCAAAGGCAGAACCGGUUCGAUACCUGCCGGCACAGUGGAUGUUGGUUGAGCUUCUUGCGUUUUUGAAGAUGUUCUCCCGUUGUCGUUGGCUCCGACCUGAUGAAUCUUCAGAUAUGGGUAACGACAAGUUCUACGCUUGCGCAAGCAACGUGUACAACUCGAAAUUUUCGCCGCCGCAUUUUGCUUUCAGGGAUCGGCAACCCGUGCAUGGGAUCCUCUUCUGUCAACUUUCAAGGCUGUUGCCAGGCCGCACGAUCUCAUCAACAUGGCCACCACUUCUUCCCAAAGAACAAUUGAGUUUGAGUCCCUCACAACAGCUACAGACAUCGCGUUUGCCAUCGCAUUUCACUUUGCGGAUCCGACAUUCUGCGCACAUGUUUGGCGAUCUCUUCGAACCGCGGCCAGUCCGCAUGGGCUAUGUUCAGGGCUGCGAGCGAUUACUGCUGAAAAGAUGGUGGGACUCGCGUGAAGACGUUAUGGAUGGUAAUGGCAAGUAGACGCGUCUUGAUUAAUCGCAAGCAGUAGCGGAAUAGGGCGCUAGCCAUAUCGAGCCACGUUCACGUGUGACAUCUCUCGGUACCCGAACUCCCAACUCUCAACUUUGAAAACCAUCCUUGAUUAUCCAACACAGCAACAUGCUGCGAGUCCUUCGUUCACAUGCCUAAUCAGUCCAGCAACGAUGCGCAGUCGCCCCAAAGAGACACGGUCCGCCUAAGUUAGCAUUUUCACAUGCUCCUACGUCAUCCUGCCAU